AUGGCCAAUAUCCUGGGAAUCAGCGCUUUCAGCUCUGAGGCUCUUCUCAAACACUGGUGGGAGUGGACGCUUGUUGCUAUCAUCGGUGCCAGUGGGCUAAUCGGUGUCAUCACUUUUCUCUGGGGCUCAUACCAAUCCAUCCGGAGGGUAUUUAGAGCGAGUGUGGAUAACCCCGCCUUUCCUCGUUCUGUUCAAGAACGGAUCCAUCUUCUCUCUCAGACCGCCAAACCCGUCCGUUCAAAGCAACCUCUUCCAUCGAAGCCCUCAUCUUUUGGUGUAUAUCUCGGUAUUCUAAAUACGCCUUUAGCGGAAGAAGAGAAACAAAUCAUAUCUCAAUGGGAGGCUAUCGUGCUGGAUCACUGCGAGCCAGGGGUGCUGGAGGCGGUCAAUGAUGAUAGUCUACCACUAGGCCCCCACAUCAUUGCCCGGCUAGAUCUUCUCCAGAUCCUCAAUUUCGCUGCUAUGGACAAUGAAGUUGACAUGCUUCGAGCAGUAUAUCUCAUCUCCAAAACAAUUCGGCAAACUCUGCGGCAGCCAGACCGCCACAGAUACUUCACUGGAGUUCUAGUUGCCGGCUGGAGAGAACGAAUUUCGAUACCUCUCCUCAAUGGCAUCGCAAAGCUUUGUGCUGCCCAUGGCUUAGAUGUAUUCUUGGAAAUCGAACCCCCAGACUUCCUGGACAAAGUUGAAAAGCUUAAUCUCAAGCUUUUCGCUGGGGUGGUAGUGAGAAAUGGAACAAUUCUGCGAAAUGGGGAACGCCGAGAUUUCUUUGCCAUGGACAAAAUGAAAACCACUACAAAAGCAUUUGUAUCACAGUCAUGCCUGCGGCCAUUUAUUGUAAUGAUGUGGGAUACUGUGGAAGAUGAUGCAUAUUUGUCCCAUGCUGUGGCAAGGAGAGCGCACAUGUGGUGCAGCUACCACGGCGCGAUCCCGUAUCUCGCGAGACAAGGAGCUAUUACAGAUAUUUCUCAAGUUCGGUCAUGUGAAGAGCCACUUGCCGCUUUUCAAUGGCUCAAAGAUCGUAAAGUCAUGGGUGUGCAUGAGAAAUUUCGAACAACACGAGUUCUGUCUCCAGAAUAUUCCAGCAUCAUUGACGACUACCUUCCCCUUCAAACCAUAUUUCCGCUUCUCGAAGAUACGAUAGCGGGCUUAGGCGACUAUGAUUCCGACUCAGAUGCACAAUCUAAUGCAUCUACCCUCACGGUGCAUUAUCCAGAGAUAGAUGAAAAUGGAGCUCUGUUACCUCCAGUUUUCGACUCGCUUUCACCGCUUCUCAGCCUAGAUUGGGGUGCGUGUAUGAGCAAACAAGCCGCCAACCCCCUAUCUUGUUCUUUCGCUGGAACCUUUUACGGACCGUUCGGAUGCUUUCCAAUCGGCUUUAAUGCUUCUCAACAAGACUUCGACCAAGUCUUAAAAUCACAGCAGCGGCUGAGGAAUCUCGGCCUUUUAAGCCGGGUGCCCGCGAAGCAAUUACAUGAUGCCUCCUCCAUCCUCAGCAACUACGGCAUGUCGGACAGUCGUCUCCCGGACCUUGUGCCGACAUCGCGUGAGGUGAUAUCAAACCUGGCAAACGCUCUUGCAAGAACGACCGAUGAAGUGGAUGACCCCUACCAAUUCCAAGUCUACAUUGGACUUGAUUCUGGCUUUCACACGCCUUCUGGGGGACAGUUCUGGUCAGUGUACGAAAUGGAUACGAGGACAUCAUCCCUCAUCUUCUAUGUGUCCAAAACAGUACAAGAUCUCCCGGCGCUUCUUCUUCAUACAUACCUCAGCAAAUCAAGCUUCUCAAGGUACCAGUGUUUCCUCCUUGAGUAUGGUCUUGCUGAGUUGCAAACUGGAUUGAGCACAUUACGGCGACUACCCCAACGAUUAAGGCAAGAUCUCGAUCUUCUUUCUCCCACAGACCUCCUACUCUACCUCCAGCAUCUGCAAUAUUCCGAAUGGGACGAGGGCUGCCCGUUGCUAUCUGCCAUCUGCUUGACAUGCGAAGAGUUACUAAUCGAUGUUCCGACGUACCAGCAGCUCAAGAAGCUAAGUAAUAUGGACUAUCUAAGCGGAGCUAUCACAGACGAGCAUUUGGUUAGUGCACGGAUUAAAUGGUAUCGCCUCUGUCACCUUACAAGCCUCGAGAAACACGACGCCAUUGAACUUUUCCGGCACAUCGAUAAUAUUUUCCGAAACCUGCUGUGGAACCGUGACUACCAAAGUCUAGAUGUGAUUACUUCGGCCCUAGAGAGGCUCACAAGCAGAGACAAUAUUGACUCCGUCACCGACUUCGUCCUAUUUUGCAUUUUCUGUGCCGCGAGAAAGGCUGGAUUUGAUGAGGUUUACAUCGAGGUGUCAGAUCGAAAUCCGCUCUUCAACCAGUACUCAGACCAGAGUGCCGCUUUUGCAGAGCUUUUCGCUUUAGGCUCCCGUUGCGAGGCUUACUUUGACAUUAAGCCGAGCGAUAUUGGAAUUCUACUUUCCAAGAAGCAUCGAGACUACUACAACGAGGACGAACACCAACCGCCGAUGUGGAUUUUUAAUGCACCUUCCUUCGCUUCCGCGUAUGCUGCCGCGCAGACGGAUAUUGACCCGGACCAACAGGCAUCGGUAAUGCCUGGCUUCCGCCGUUUCACCUUCCUCAGUGUUUUUGCAAUUCCCGCGCUUGUCGAUAUUGUGCUUCUGACUACAACUGGUCAUGGCCUCUACCUUAGCGCGUUCAUGACAUAUUCUGAGCAAAAGUACGCGACAUUAGCUUUAAUGACCUCCUUGCUCUUGUCAGGUGCAAUUGGAACCUGGAUCUCUAUUGGUGGCACAUACUAUCUCAUUUCUAUGGCAUUCUCGGCUGCUAAUAUGUUUGUGCUUACGCGUCUAAUUGGUGGUCUUGCCUUCACAGCCGCUGCUAGUCUUGUGGGAUUUAUCGUAAUCACAGCGGUACGCGGAGUACAAGCCGGCGCCAUCUUCUUCUUUUACUUAUUUGGGUUGACAUCAUAUCUCUCCGUUCUGGCUGUGCUUUCUACCUAUCAAAUCCCUGGUUCAGCUUUUCUAAACGGUCGAAGAGUGAUUAUCACCCUUAUUCCGACACUAAUCAUCUCUCCAAUCCUCACUAUUUGGAUCCGCGGAUAUGAUGUUAUCAUCUACCCCACGGUACUUUUCAUAUUCGUCAUGCUACUGCUCUUGGGAACUCGACACGUCAGCACCCAAUGGGUUACUUGGUAUCACAAUAUCAAGACGCUCAACGAUAAGGAUGUGAAAGAGUGGUACAUCCGAACGAACUUGAAGCUGGAGCCACAUCUCGGUGCUACAGGGAAGCGUUUAAGCAAGGGGCCAAGAAUUUCGAUUGUGCCAUCAUCUCUCCUCACAACGUCUGACUUAUCCCCUGCCGAACCAGACAUGUUCUACGGUCUUAGCGAGCCUGCUAUUCUCACCCUUUGUCGCAAGGAACUAUACGAAGCUGUGAUGAAGGAAAAGACCCGCCGUUUCUGGCAACAUCCAACUGAGGACUCGUUUGUCAAGGAACUGGCUGAAUGCUGGGAUUCAACACUCUUCCUCCUAGAUUGGUAUUGCCGACUUACCGAUGUGAAACGCCCCAUCCCCUACAGCUCCACUUGGAAUCUGGAGACGCAGGUAGCACUCGAGAGUAUGCAACAAUCCCAGAAGGGAAUUAGAUUACACAAUUCUUUCAUUCACUGGCGCAAUGCUGGUGAUGAGAUCGGGUGUGGCAUUCUCUACUUUCUCACAGCUCUUCUGGACCGCUGGCUCGAUUUGAUUCAUGGCGGUCACCUUGUCGGUCUAUCGGCAGCCCUUAACCAAACUUUCCGGCUAUCUGUCGGAUUCGGAUUGGCAUAUUACUUAGUCGGGGCAGUGCUUCUAGACUACAAAGCCCAACAUCUACAUACACUUUCUGAGCAGUCCUCGCCGGUUUCGAUUGAAUCAAUUCCUGAAAUACGGAAGGCUAAAGCCAAUGAUCAAAAAUUCCGACGCCAUCUUUACUGGAACACGUUAUGUCGCUUCAUUGGCGUCCACGUAUGGGCACUGUCGCUGAGCGCUGCACUUGUUUGGAUCUUCAACGGUUCAUCAGAAGCAAUGAUCAUGUUUCUCGCCUACGUCGGUGCAUACAGCGGCCUUCUUCUCUACCAGUACAACAAAAUAUUCUCCGGCCCUCACGCUCUUAUGCCCCUUCUGAUGGCUGUCAUCCUUGGGUUUGUCUUAGGAAUGGUGCUCAAGAGAGUACGUCCGAAGUUUGAAUAUGACAAUGUCAUCGCCUUAGGGGUGGCGACUUGGACUGCCGCUAUUCUUUCAUUCCAUACUGCUAAACUUGGUUUACCCGAAGCUUUCGAGAUUCGCACUUAUAUCUCGGAAACGCUUGCGAAAUUUAGAAAGCCCAAAAAACCGUUUGACUCCACUGAUUCCAUUCAUAUCAGGGGUCUGCCCUCGCAGUACAGGAUCCACUGGUCUGCAGGGGAGGUUUUUCACGCCUACAAUGGGGCUGGUCAGGACCAAGAAUUCAGCCAAAGCGAACUCCAGGCAUUCCAUGACAAGCUACGGUCAGGGCCAAAGGAAAACCGGUUCAGAGUCUCGCCGUUUGGCCAUCCCGGAGAUCAGAUUACAGCCCUUCUGCUAUCAUGCACUCACGAUUCUUUGACUCGACUGGCCCUCCAGGCAUUCCCCGCCAUGCCGUACUUGGUGCAAAGAAUUGUGUUAGCUUGGCAGAAUGGUCUGAUCAAAGUUUUCAUCGUCCCUAUGCAGUCAGUGGUAGACGCAGACACUGACCUCCGCGCUAUUUCCCACUAUUCUGGUGGCCGUUUGACGCUUUUCAUGGCUUCCGAUUCGAAAGGCUCCACCUCGGCUCAAAUGAAUGUCAGCAGCAAUUGCAAAGUCAUCGCAGAGACGCUGAUGCAUGCUUGCUCAGAAACGAUGUUUGCUAUGCCGCAUCACCAAGCUCAAGUUGCUGAGUCGAUGUUAGUCCUUCGACCUAAUAGUGACGAGUUCUACUAUGUCUCGGAGUGCAGUAAACGCUCGAUGCCCUUCAAUGCUUCGGGUCCACAGACAACUGCAUUUGAAACCGCAUGCCGGAAGGAAUUGCUGCAAAGCCUUUGCCUUGGCUUCGAUUGCGAAACCCAGUGGGACAUCCUUCCUCUCGAGAUCCGUAAGCUGUUCAUCAGAAGGUGUCUUGGGGCACGCGGUCCAUAUACCAAUACUGAAAUGGCAUGGAUCAAUACGAAUGUCCCUGCGGAAGAUGCGUGUACUAUUCUGUCCAGAAUCGCGCGCUACGAUCUUGGCGCAUACCUUGCCGUGCAGAAGUACAAUUUCUUCAAGAAUAGGGGCGAAGAGACAAUUACCGAGAAAGAGUAUCGGCAAAACACGGCUGACAUUCAACACUCUCAUCAUCCCGUUCUGAACCGUUCUGCUACCUCGAUACUAAGUGUCUUUAGAAUGUAUAUCCGAGUCCCCGUAGCCUACGUCUACCACACAGUUGGAACCUGGAUCAAGUUCUUCGUUCUCGCUGCAAUGGCGGAUCCAGAAUACCAAAGGGAAUUGAAUUGCGCUCUCGGCAGUACUCCAAGGGUCCUGGCUAAGCCAGCAGCUUUUCUGCUCACUGGACUGUGGAUCUACUCGCGAUGGGUCAUGUCGGCCAGUCUUCCCUUCUUCCUUUUUAAUGGCCGAAAGGAUAUCGCCGCGCUUUCCAACACUGUCAAAGGGAGCUUGAUCUCACAAAAGAAAGACCGACUCGUCAUUCGCAACUACGGUGAUACUGAGACCGCCUUCGUCCAUCCUACAGAAGAAGGCGGCUUCAAUCUAGUCUUCUACGUAGGCGUCCUAAAAGAAGAGCCAAAAUGGGGCCACACGCGUAUAACCACGUACAGUAGAGACAUGCGAGUCGCUUCGCGUGUCGAGUACAAGAACGGUGAAGUCACGAAUGAAUACAAGUACGACUAUCCGGCCACGCGAACUCAACGCGUCAGCAAAAUCACAAGGUUCCAAAACACCAAGAUACCGCUUAACAGACACUGCGUGCGUGGAACUGAUGAGGGAGCCAAAGUUCAGUACAACUACAAGGGUCAUAUCGAGUCCGGAAGCUACAUCCAGCACGGCAACUUGGUACGUUUCAAGUACCACUACCGCAAGAAUGCGAAGUAUGACGACGAGCUGCUGAGAGCAGAAUUCGUGCUUCCCCACAUGUCUGCUAAUAUCAGCUGGAGUGCUCCUCCGAUCCGUCACGCAGAGAAGAUGGAACGGUGGAUUCCGACUCCGCGAGUUCAUGAGGCUACGUUUGUCGAUGGGGCGGAUGUAUAUGAGUGCUCCUGGCUUUAUGAUCACAAAUUUCACCCGACGAUUACUACAAAACUUAAUGGAGAAUCUGUCGACACUCCGGACAUGAUUCGUUUUGAUUGGUUGGGUGUGUUAAAAAAACCUACCCGGUGCAAUUUCACCGAUGAGAAUCCGCUGCUAGAGUUCAAGACUGCGACGUCGAGCUUCAUAAGCCGCCUUUUCAGAAUGAACGUCAAGAGACAGGAGGUUUCUACCUCGAGAGCGAGAUCACAGCUCUGGAAAGCGUGGAAGAAGAGGCUUGAUCUUGAUGGCGUGGUUAUCCGGUGGGUUGACGAGGAGCUUCUUCGAAAAGAAGCAAUGCUUCGACCGUAUUGGCGUCGCAGGGAUCGCGGAAGUCUUCUCAAAGCCGAAGACUACCUUGCCUUACACGCCGAUGCUAUUAUGGCCAGCUCUGAUCUUACCAGCGAUAUCAGUGCAUGGACACCACUUGCUGUUCGCAUGAGCGAUCUAUUCAGUUUCGGACAAGGUGGAGAUGCGGUUAUCUACACCAGAACCAAGACUCUGGCAAGGGAUACAGACCGCUCGCUACACGUCGUCGCUGUAGACACAGGAACAUGGCCGAACGAAGGCGGUGGCGUGUCGGCUUGUCGUCGUGACCUGAUCAACAACCUCCGCACCAUCAAAUGGCACAUGGUCGUCGAGUCCGCCAAUGAUUUCGGGCUUCCGAAACACCAGACAGAAGAAAACGUCGAAUCACUCAAGAUCAUUCCCCUGUGGGGCUUGGACUUCAUGCAUCCAUGUCACGGGAUGUUCACUAACAAGCUAGACAGCGAAGUCGACCAUCUCGUCAAGGAAGCCACGAUUACUGAUAUCAAAACGAACUUCAUUCCUACCCUCACGGCACUUGUGCACGGCGCCCGAGCUGUCAACAUGACAUCUGCAGAUGUCAAGCAAGCAACCCGCGCCCUCGUCAACUUGAACACCUAUUUCCAAGACUCGCGACACUGGAAAGAAGUCUGGACUAGCGACACGGUGAAAGACACUUGGCGAAAAUUAUGGUUAGCAGGCGACAUGCCGAAUGCACAGCCUCCAUCAAAAUGGUUCCGCACCGAGCUCCCGACUCUGGGACACCUAGACACUGCACUUGAGCUCUGGUUCCGAUACCUGUUCAUCUUCAGCAUUCCAAUCCCCGAGAAAAUCCCCAACGUCUUCCAAGCCUCGCAUCACAGUGUCAGCGCUUCUUACGGAAUUGUGUGCAAACUCAAACGCAAUUGCACACUACAGAUCUGGGACCAUGCGAUUUCAUGGCGAGAAACAAAUCUGUAUCUCUCAUCUGCCAUGUGCACACUCCCACCUUUCAUUCGUAAUGCGCUCCUAGGGCUGAUGAAGCUGACUUCGACACUCAUCCUGCACCACGCGGACCAGAUUCUACCGUGCGCUGAUUUCUUCAAUCCAGGUUGGGAAGUCGAGAUUGGGAGUUCGAAGGGAAUGCUUACCCAUCGCAACAUCUUCCGUCGAAAGGUCGACCCCAUUGUCAAUGGCAUCACGGAUAUGCAGAAAUUCGCACCAGUUUCAGAAAUCAAGACGAAGACGCCCACGGUAACGAUGUUAUCCCAUGUCUGGUUUGCGAAGGACAUAAAGACCGCGUUGUUGGCAGCAGAUAUCAUUAGCAACGAGUGGGGAUUCAAAGACUACAAACUCGACAUCUACGGCGCGCUGAACAAAGCCCCCGUCUACUCAUCUGAGUGCCAGGAGAUUCUUGCGUGCAAAGGUCUUGGGUCUAGCGUCACGUUACGUGGCACUGCGGAUCCGGCAAUGGUGCUUGCGAAUACUUGGCUGUUCCUGAACUCUUCCGUCUCCGAGGGUCUACCUCUCGCGCUGGGAGAAGCUGCACUCACUGGCGCGCCCGUUGUUUGCACGGACGUUGGCGCGAGUUUACGAGUGCUGACUGAUCCAGAUGACGGGAAACGGUACUCCGAGGUCGUGGCUCCAAAUGACGCGUACGGCCUUGCGCGCGCGCAGAUCAACCUUCUGGCCAUGCUGGAUGAAUGGGCACAUUACGCUGAAGACGAUCCCAAUACCCCCGCUCCAGUCCUCCCACACAAGCCUACGCAAAAGGACGUGGAUAUCAUCACGCGCAGGAUGUAUGAUAAGACCACCCAGCGGCGCAAACUCGGCAUGAUGGCACGGUCGAUUGUGCAGAAGUCGUUUGGGGGCGAGCGGUACUUGCGCGAACAUGAGCAAAUGCUCUGGGUAGGAAAAGCGUGCUACGAAAUGCUCGGACUGGAGAAACGGAUGCCGCCACCGAAGCAUCCAGGACGGAUGUUAAGUUUAAAACUAAAAAGAGCGAGCCAGGUACCUCAGCAACAGGAGCAGCAGGGGAACAGGAGUACGGCAUCGAGCAGCCUGCUGGAUCCGCAGUUGGAGAAAAUGCAACAUCCGCGACGGCCCGCUAUGACGAAACAUCUCAGUACAACGACAUCCUUCUCGUCUGUCUAUAUCGACGAGACAGGUCCGUCGACUGGGAGUUCCAUUUACGAAGAGCCCGAGGAUUGGGGUCCCGUGACUCCGGACUCGUCACUGCGGUAUCCGCGAUCUACCUACGAGGAAGGGUAUUUUGUGCCGUUGGCUGUUGAGCGGCCACUCAGGACUUACAAUCCAUAUCUCCCAAUGGCACCGCAACAGCAGCAGCGGUCCCGUUCAACACAUGGUGUUCCAGCUUCCGCUUCACACUCCGACUCCCACUAUGACACACAUUCCCACCAACCCACCCCCACUGCCUCUGCGCCUGCCAUCUUCGCUGGCUCACGCACCACAACUGGAAAACGCCCCGUCUACGGUUCCGGCGCAGGAUACAGCAAUGGGUACUCUGGUUUUGCGCAUGGAACACCUGAAUCAAGCAGUAAUCCUACGGGCGUUCGAAGGGACCAGCGGAUGGAUCCGCGACGCAGCGUGCUCAUGCGGCAGGCCGUGCGGCCAGAGAGUGUGAUGACGAGGAGUAGUACGGGGACGGGGCCGAGGGUCCGGAGUCAUUUGAAUGAGGUACAAGUUGCUGAGUACGGGAAUGUGGAUGGGCGGCUUUGAAAGCAGGUCGCAUUUCUUUUUUG